ACUCAGUAUCUCGGAGCCAAACUACAAAAAAUGAAGUCGACUCUUUCGUCUCCUUGUUCUUCGAUUUAAUCUCAUGGGAUAUCUUGACGACACUAUCGUCGCCAAAUCGGCCAACGAUGCUGAGUGGUUCGAAUUUGACGCCCUACUUCAAGGAUGGAUCUUGUCUACCGUCUCCGAUGAGGUCUCCGAUCUCGUCCUCGCAAACAGCCCUACAGCCGCGGCACUCUGGAAAGCGAUCUACAAAUUGUUUCAUGACAACAAGCACGCCCGGGCGAUGCAAUUGGAGCACCGGUUUCGCACCACCGUCAAAGGAACCAAGACAAUAAAUGAGUAUUGUCACACUCUCAAGAACCUAGCCGACUAUCUCGACGACAUAGAUGCUCCGUAUCAGAACCCGUUUCCGACGUUCCUGGAAGUCCGAUCGGCUCUCCUCUUGGUCGAACAACAGCAGGCCGACGCCCUCCCCAACGCCGCACAGUCCACCGCCCUUCUCAGCUUCAGCGGCGGCGGCGGCAGCAACAUGGCGGGCGGGGGUCAGUCGCGGCCAGGCAGCAGCGGGCAGAACUCCGGGCGUGGCAGUUUCGGCGGAUCAAAUCGGGUCAAUUCUGGUGGCUACCGCGGGCGUGGCCGUGGACGGCCGCCGCUGCAUCUACAGAUGGAUCAUGUCUUUCCUCUUUGUUGCCCGAAGAAGGUGGUACACAUUAACAAUACCAUCCCGACCCAUAAUCCAGUCCAGCCUCCAAAACCACUGGUCGUGAAAUGUGUUUCCAAUAGCGACAGUCUGGGGCCGUGGACGCUGGCGGAGAAUCAGGGGCGGGAGAUCCGCUUCCGGGUGGCAUUCGAUGGCAUGACUGUUUUCACGUGCGAUUUCACCUGGGGCUCCAAGCACCAUGCCGUCACAGUCUUCGACGGCCUCCACGACAAGUGUUUUGAUGAGAGGCAUUCCUAUUGGCAGGUCAGGCCGAUGGGAUUUUACUUCAACUGUGGUGAAUUCCCGGAGGACGACAAAUUUAUCCUCCUAGGCUGUUUCACUCCCAAAAUCAGCCCUUAAAGUUAUACUCUAUCAAUUUAAUUACAUUAAUCUACACUUUGUUAUCAAUUCUAACAUAUAGGUGGUAAGUUCCCCUGAAUGGGUGACCCAUUUACUUAUCUGUUGAUCAAUUUUGGAGGUUACCUAUCUCAAACAUGUCAAAUAAUAAAGUUAGCUAGAGAGG